AUGAAUUCCAUCCCUAAGAUAGGGGAUAUGUAAACCAAAAGCAAACCUAAGAUUUCAAGCAACACAGGCUUGCCACCACUUCUAUCUCCCAGAAUUAAAAUUGACCCGACUAAAACAGCUCAAAUUCCCCCCGCUUUUAGGUCAAUUUCAACAGUGAAAAAGAAAUCAAUCGAGAAGAAGGAAGAUACUCGGCCAGUUACAGACAAUACCUAAAAUGAGAAGUGUUAUCCAUCAGCCAGAAAACAGAAAGGACAAGGUCUCAUCAUUCGCAAACUCUAGAAUCGGCAAUCAAAAUUAUAAACUUCAAAUUAGGAACCACUAGAAUAAAUUAUAAAUAAAUUUUAAAGUCCUGCAGUCAGAAUGCUUGAGUUCCCAAUAAAUGACUUUCAUGAUGAUACAUUGAUAAAGGAAGAAGUGAUGCUCCAAUAAAAUGAGUAAGGCACAGAGAAUAGAUUCACUACAAUGAAGAAUCAAUCCUUCUCUGUCUUUCAAAAGUUUGUAUUGGAAUCCUCCAACUCCAACAAAUAGGGUUAGGAGUCAUCCUCCAAUUCUCAGUUUGAUUUCAACACUUAAAUUCCCACAUUUACUGAAGGGGAAAUGAUAGGUGCCGGCUCAUUUGGAUAGGUGUACAUAGCUUAAGAAAACCAAACUGGCAAGAUUUACGCUGUGAAAAAGAUCAAUUUGAAAGGAGACUUUGAUUAAGAGGAUUUGAAAGGAUUGAAAAGUGAAAUUGAUUUACUGAAAAGUAUCAAACAUUAGAACAUAAUUCGUUAUGUUUGGAGUUCUGAAAAUGAAGAUUAUUGGUUGUUAUAUUUGGAAUAUUUGUCACAAGGAACCUUAACUUAAUUAACCGAAAAGUUUGGGCCCCUUCACAUCAAUACUAUUCGUUCAUACUCCAAGUAAAUAUUACAAGCCAUAGCCUAUUUGCACGAGAAUAAUAUCAUUCAUAGAGAUAUCAAAGGAGCCAAUUUGCUCUUAGGAGUCGAUGGUGAAAUCAAACUUGGGGAUUUCGGAUGCAGCAAAAUCAAAGAGAAAACCAUCUAACGUUCUAAAUAGAGUGGAGACAUCUUGCAUUCUCUCAAAGGAAAUAAUAAAAACUAUACUUAUUUUCAGGUUGCUAGUUAAGAUGAGAAUUGCAGAGCCAGUGAUAUUUGGUCAUUUGGAUGCACUGUUUUGGAAAUGGCCACAGGAAAAAAACCAUGGCAUGAACACGAUUUCGAUAACUCUUUGAGUGCUCUUUUGUACAUUAUCACCAGCAGUGCAGUUCCCCUAAUACCUGAAGACUUGGAUCAAGAUCUAUAAUCUUUUAUAAGACUUUGCUUAUAAAGGGAUCAUAAAUAGAGACCAACUGCCAUGCAUUUGUUAUAACACUAAUUCAUAAUUAAUUAAUGA